AUGCCUUCUAUUAAAGGCGAUGCGGAAGCGCAGAGUACUCGUUCGAUUUCUACUUCACUCGAUAACAACGAAGUACAAGAACGAAAAUCUGUCUCUUAUACUUCUUUGAACGAGAACGACGACUACGACGUUGAAAUGAGCGAGUUACGAAAAGAUGCAUACGACUAUAGUGAUAGUGACCAUGAUACUAUUGUUGAUGAGCAGGAACAAAAGGAGCAACAGGAUGGAAAAGAAGAAAUAAAACCACCUCGUAAAAAUCCACAUCCCAUUCGAUCACCAUCAAAAGAGGAUUUCUCCAAUUCUAGCAUCAAUUUCACAUGCCAGGUCUAUAAUAUAUAUAUGCAAAAUCCACGUCUACUCUUGGAUUCUAAGACUGUUCGUAGUCACCCAAGACCAAAACAUGAAAAUUCAGUCAUUGGUUCGAUCGACAAGACUAAACCACCACCUCCACUACAAAAAUCAGUUUCACAAUUAUUACAUGAGAUUGAAUCUUUGGAAUAUAAUCAAGAACCUCUCGACCAUGUCAAACGGCCAAAGAUUACUUGGAAGGGGAUGCCGCACGAUAUAAGGAAUGAAUCUUAUUUCGAAGUGCUGCAUCAUGUCGAGGCUCAAGUCGUGUCAACUUUACGCAUGACACCAAUUCAAUAUCUGAAUACAAAAUUAGCUAUUUUAUCAGCUGCAAGAGAAUUUGAAGAUCGAGGAUUGCCGUUUCGUAAAGUUGACGCGCAGCGCGCUGUCAGAAUUGAUGUUAAUAAGGCGUGCAAGUUGUGGGAAUUUUUUCAUGAUGUUGGAUGGUUUUGA